UAGCGUAUACACGUUAGAUUACAUGUGCAGAUACAUAGGCCAUUCGUCCACUCAGCAUCGUCUCUCUCUGUCUCUCUCUCCUCCAAAUUCCAAAAGCCAAAAAGUGUCACUUUGGGACUCUUACCUCUCUCUCUCUCUCUCUAUCUCUCUCUGUGUCUCUCUCUCCUUCCUCCCGCCUGCAAAAGAUACUGAAAAUCGGCGUCGUUUCCUUACAAAAAUAAAAAAAUAAAAAAAAAUCGAAAAGCUCUUCCAAUAUGAUUCCAUUAAUUCCACACACGACCAACCUUCUCAAAACAAAGAAGACAAAGCCACCGCCACCACCACCACCCUCACAGUCAUUUUUCAUAUUCAUAACCCAUUAAGACCCAACUGGGAAUUUUGCUUCUUUUUAGUGGUGGUCAACUAGGUUGGUUCUUUCAUGGAUCUUGGGGACCGAGACCUGCCUCGUUUGAUCGGGGACUACAUACUGGGUCGGACAAUCGGGUCGGGAUCGUUCGCCGUGGUUCGGAGGGCUAGGCAUCGCCAAUUGGGUAUUGAAGUUGCUAUCAAGGAGAUUGACAAGAGACAGCUUAGCACCAAAGUCAGUGAGAAUUUGCUGAAAGAGAUUUCUAUUCUCAGCACCAUCAAUCACCCCAAUAUUAUACGUCUUUUCGAGGCCAUCCAAACUCCGGACAAAAUAUACAUUGUUCUGGAGUACUGUGAAGGUGGUGACCUUGCAGCUUAUAUCCAUCGUCACGGGAAAGUCUCGGAAGAUGUUGCCAGGCAUUUUAUGAGGCAGCUGGCUGCAGGACUGGAAGUACUUCAAGAAAAGCAUCUCAUUCACAGAGAUUUGAAGCCACAGAACUUACUCUUGUCAACUAAUGAAUUGACUCCGCAAUUGAAGAUAGGAGAUUUCGGUUUUGCAAGAUCCCUAAUGCCUCAAGGUUUGGCUGAUACACUGUGUGGUUCACCAUUGUAUAUGGCUCCAGAGAUCAUUAAGAACCAAAAGUAUGAUGCAAAGGCUGAUUUGUGGAGUGUUGGGGCAAUUUUAUUUCAGCUGGUGACUGGGCGGCCACCAUUUGAAGGCACUAGUCAAUUUCAGCUUUUUCAAAACAUUUUGGCAUCCACUGAGCUGCGGUUUCCAUGUGGUGCCGUGGAAGGAUUGCAUCCAGAAUGUGUUGAUCUUUGUAGAUCCCUUUUACGCCAAAACCCAGUUGAGAGACUAACAUUCAAGGAGUUCUUUGGCCACAAGUUCCUCACAGAGCCUGGGUCAAUGCUGGAUAUUGAGCACUCUUCUGCACUUCCGUCAAUGAAAUCAAUGGUUGAACAGGCCGAGUCUUCUUCUGCCUCCAAGAAGAGGUCUCAAUUGUCUUCUGGGCCCUUGAACUCAUCUAGCAGAAGUCCAAAUUCAGAAGCUUCAUCUAUACAUGGCAACAUACAGUUACAAAGAAAAGAUUGUGAAAGUACAUCUAAUAUUACGGCUGCUCAUGGACUUGUGCCAAAUACUGCACAUGAUGGACCAAGGAAAUCAAUUGACCGAGAGCUUUAUUCAUCAAGUCAGCUUAAAGUUUCUGAUUCAAUGGAGUGCAUCGAGAAAGAAUAUGUUCUUGUCAAUGCUCAUUCUACUGUAAUAGAAACUUUCUCGUAUCAUCUUGAAACAUCUUUGCAAGUUAGUUCAACCACCAGAGCUUCUAGAUUAGCUCCAAAACCGAAUGAGCAGGAUGUGCCAGUUAUGCAAACAGCAGAACUGGCUGCAAGUACUGUUGGUGUUACUGGAAGUUCACAAAACCAGGGAUCAGUUCUGUUACAUACUUCUGGUGCAUCAACUAUGUUAAGGGAAGUUCAAGGACUAUCCACAUUGCAUCCAUCUACCAGGCUUCAUUUGUUACAUCAGUAUAUUCAGGUUCUUUCAGAGCUUUCACAAGAAAAGCAUGAUGCAGGACUUUUUCUAGAGUCCUUUUCAGUUGAACUAGUUGUUUUGGCUAUAUGGAAGAAAGCUUUUGAAAUUUGCAGUGCAUGGUUGAAUUCCGGUUCAGAGAGUGAACCACCUGGAAGCAUUUCUGCCAAUGAAUCCAAACUUGUUGAGGGAGGAGCAGGUUUAUCGCCAAACACCGAAGAACAUGUAGAUUUUAGCAGGCCAUCAUCAGUUUCAACAUGGGCAGAACAAGCAUUCAUUGUCGCCUUUAAUCGUGCUGAGAAGUUAUCUUAUCAUAUCCAAGUUAUGGAUGGUGUUGCCCAGAUGCCAGACGCAAUGGAAAUUAUAUUCCAAAAAGCACUAUCAGUUGGGACAAGUGGUGCUGUGGAUGAGUUUGAGAACAAGGAAAGUGCAGCAGCAGCAGCAUACACCAAGGCAAUUCUCUUGCUCUCAUUUAUUGCAGGAGAAGCGCCAUCUCUACCACUAAACCCUCAAUUUGUAUUAACUUCUGCAAAUAAGAGUCGCAUUCAGCAAUACAUUAAGAACUUGCAAUCCCACCAAACUAACCUGCUCAAGUCGCAGGCUUCUCUUAAGCAAUCCCUCGAUGCUCCAAAAAAGUAACUAGGAGUGAUUAUGUACAGCUUUUCUUACAGUUCUAUCUCUUGGUGUCAGAGGCAGACUACUGGUGUUGUGCGGUCACCAUGCCACAGAGCAGUUUUGAUCUCUGAGGGCAUGGAAAUUAAAGUUGACUUGUGUUGAUGAAAUGUCUGAGGAUUUUAACAGAUCUUAAAACAUAGGAAGUAAAUAUAUAGUAAACUGUAGGCGACCUGGAACUGGACGACUAUUCACGCAUGUGUUUAUGUAAAUAAAUUGGCUAUUCUUUUAUUUGGACGGGAUGUACAUAUAUAUGGAUAUAAAUCGCUACUUGUACAGCUGACUUAGUGACUAUCUUUAAGGUAAAUGCAUGUACGUUUUACACUUUUUAACUGCAUAUAUGUAUUUCACUUUAACUGGC